AUGGAGCCCCACGCAGAAGAGAGCUGUCGCAAGCAGCGGGUGCUAUCGUCAAACGCGUCUGGCGUGCGGCGCGGCAAGCAGACGCGGCAGGUGGCGGUGGACAGCCUCUUUUUCAGCCGACUGAUCACCAUCCUCAAGAUCUGCGUGCCUGGUCCCCUGUCUAAGGAGGCGCUGCUGGUGCUGGUCCAGGGCUGCCUGCUGGUGUCGCGCACGCUGCUGACCGACUACAUAUCCCGCAUAGAGGGCUACUGCGGCCGCUCCAUCACCUCCCUGGCUUUUGACAAAUUUGGGCGUGCGGUAGUGGGCUUUGCGCUGGUGGGCAUCCCCGCGGCGGUGGUCAACGCGGGCCUCAAGUGGAUGCAGAAGGCCAUAGAGCUCAGCUUCCAGCAGCGCCUGGGCCUCUCUCUGCACCGCGCAUACACGCGCAACCGCGCCUACUACGCGGCCAGCACCCUGGGCGGGCUGACGCACGCGGACCAGCGCAUGACGGAGGACGUGGAGCGCUUCUGCGCGUCCCUCAGCGAGCUGUACAACCACACGGUCAAGCCCCUGCUCGACGUGCUGCUCUUCACGCGCUCGCUGUCGCGCGUCAUGGGCUACAAGGGCCAGUUUGCGCUGUACGGCUACUACGUGCUCACGGCCUGGGUGCUGCGCGCCCUCAGCCCGCCGCUAGCCCAGAUGGCGGCAUCGGAAGCCGGGCUCAGCGGCAGCUACCGCGCGGCUCACCAGAAGCUGGUGGCGGCGGCGGAGGAGGUGGCCUUCAACGAGCCCUCCAGCGGUGCGAGCGAGCAGCUGAUCCUGGACCAGCACCUGCGGCGGCUGGUGCGGUUCACGCGGCUGUCCAGCCUGCAGCGCUUCCUGCAGCAGAUCGCGGACGGCUACCUGGUCAAGUACCUCGCGUCAUGCGUGGCUCUCCUGGUGUAUGCCGCACCCAUCUACCUGAUGGACCCGGCGGCGCGCAUGGACCAGGGGCAGCUGACGGGGGACUACAUCCGCAGCAUGCGGCUGCUGCAGAACACAAGCCGCGGCGUGGGCGACCUGAUCAUGGUGUACAAGAGGGUCUCAAACCUGGCGGGCCACACGGCGCGCGUGGCGGAGCUGCUGGAGCAGGUGCAGCAGCUGAGCUGUGAGGAUGUAGAGCACAAAGAGCUCUUCAGGAGGAACGUGAGUGCGACCCACCUGCUGGAGAUUGAGACCGAGGGCACCAGCAGUCCACCACCCUCCCCGCGCCGCAGCUUCAGCAGCGAUGACCACAUACGCUUCAACAGGGUGUCGCUGGACUCCCCCGACGGCUCCCCUCUCAUCCGUGAGCUGUCAUUUGAGGUGGCGCGCGGCGUCAACGUGCUGCUUAUGGGGCCCAACGGCUGCGGCAAGAGCAGCCGCAUCUUCUACCUGAGCCAGCGGCCCUACCUGGUCGCGGGCACGCUGCGCGACCAGCUGCUCUACCCCUUCCCGCCAGCGGCGGUGUGGGACGCUACCUCGCCAGCGGCACAGGUGCAGUACAUUGCCACAACAGGCUCGACCCCGCCCCGCAUCACGCCUGAGCUUGAUGCCGAGCUGGAGGCGUGCCUGGACGAGGUGGACCUUGCCUACCUGCUGCAGCGCGGCCGCGGCUGGGACACGGUGCAGCCCUGGGUGGACACGCUCUCCGGCGGCGAGAAGCAGCGGCUGGCCAUGGCGCGGCUGCUGUUCCACAGGCCCCUGUAUGCAGUGCUGGAUGAGUGCACUAGCGCGGUGUCUGCCGACGGGGAGGUUCGGCUGUACGAGGCCUGUGCGCGUGCAGGCAUCACUCUGCUGUCCAUUGCGCACAGGCCCGCCCUCAAGCGCUUCCACAGCCUGGUCGUCCACUUCGAUGGCAACGUCAGCGGCAACAGCAAGGGCUGGACGAUUGAGACAGUGGACCCCAAGCAGCAGCAGCAGCAGCAGCAGGCCGUCGCCAAGCCUGCCCUGCAGCUCAUCGACGACCAAUAG